GGCCGACGUCAUCAACCCGAUGGUGCAGCGGCAACGGGAGGAAAUCCGGGAAAAGUUGGCGGCCGCCAAGGAGAAACGUCUCCUCAACCAGAAAUUGGGAAAAAUUAAGACGUUGGGGGAGGACGACCCGUGGCUGGACGACGCGGCCGCUUGGAUCGAGCGGAGCCGGAAGCUGCAGCAGGAGAAGGAGCUGGCGGAGAAAAGGGCCAAGCUACUGGAGGAGAUGGACCAAGAAUUCGGUGUCAGCACGUUGGUGGAGGAAGAAUUCAUGAGGAGGAAGAGGGAUCUCUACAGCUCGCGGGACCUGCAGGGGCUGACGGUGGAGCACGACCUGGGGGCCUUCCGGGAGGGGGAGACCCUCGUCCUCACCCUCAAGGACAAGGGUGAGUGCUGGGGGGGGGGACAUGGGACACCCCGGGGAGGCUGGGGAGGGGACACGGGGCCCGUGAUGUCCCCAGGGGGCACGGAGGGG